CUACAGGCGCUUGCCGCCGCCCGCCCCUUCCGGCUCUUCCCUGUUGUGCUUAGGACCCUUGUGCCGAGGUUUCCAGAGCCUUCGCGUUGAAGACCAUGUUGCGUCCGAACAUCCUGCUCACGGGUACACCAGGGGUUGGGAAAACCACUCUGGGCAAAGAACUUGCAUCAAGAUCAGGACUGAAAUACGUUAAUGUGGGUGAUUUAGCUCGAGAAGGGCAGUUGUAUGAUGGCUAUGAUGAAGAGUAUGAUUGUCCCAUUUUAGAUGAAGAUAGAGUGGUCGAUGAGUUAGAAAGCCAAAUGAGUGAAGGUGGAGUUAUUGUUGAUUACCAUGGUUGUGAUUUCUUCCCUGAACGUUGGUUUCAUAUAGUGUUUGUGCUGAACACAGAUAACAGUGUAUUGUACAAAAGACUUGAAACAAGGGGUUAUAAUGAGAAGAAACUAAAAGAUAAUAUUCAGUGUGAAAUUUUUCAGAUUCUUUAUGAAGAAGCAUUAGCAUCCUAUAGUGAAGAAAUAGUGCAUCGGCUGCCCAGCAAUCAACCAGAAGAUCUAGAGGAUAAUAUCAAUCAGAUAAUGAAGUGGAUUGAGGAAUGGAUCAAAGAUCAUAGCUCUUGACUUACAAGACUGGCCACUUUAUGAUGACUCUUAUGUCUCUGCCCACAUCAUAUAAGUUGUCCAAUUAUCAGUAACCCUUUUUUGUUAAAAUUGUAGGUGGAUAGUAUAAAGGUUUAUGUUGGAGUUUUUUUCAUGAGAGAGCUAAACAAUCUCAAGUAUAAUGAAUAUAAUGUUAUUAAAGAUUGAGCCCUGGUCAGUUUGGCUCAGCAGUUGGAAUGUCAGCCUGUGGACCAGAGUCCGGGGUUCAGUUCCUACUAGGG